AUUGUCCAGACUCCAUUACUCCAACGCGACAUAUACCUUCCUUCCUUCUCGAUUCGAACGAACACUGAUACUAGUUCAUCUUCGACACCUUCCAGAAUGUCCGCCUAACCUAUCUAGUCUGACCGUACACGGCUACACACACCGUCCGUCCGCUCGGCUUACACAGGUUUUGACAGUACGCCGCCCGAAAAGAACCGGCCGUCGACGGCACCGAGCUGGAGGCAAGCACAGACCUCUCACCCAUGGCGGGCGGGAGACAGACGCGGACGACCUGGUGCAGCCGCUGCGGCGCGUACCUGUCGGUGCCGCCUGGCGCGCGCUCCGUCCGCUGCGCUCUCUGCCACGCCGUGACACGCGUGGAGCGCCACGGCGGCCUGCACCAGGCCGUGGGUUUCAUCAAGGGCCUGUUCAACGCUUUCGGGUCCCCGUCGCAGCCGCCGCCCUCGUCGUCGGGGUCCAUGCGCGUCGGCGACCCGUACCGCCUGCCAGCCAGCUACCCCCAUGCCCGCGGCAAGAAGCGGGCGCUCCUCGUCGGCAUCAGCUACAGCUACACCAAGUACGAGCUCAAGGGCACCGUCAACGACGUCAACUGCAUGACCUACCUGCUCCGCGAGAGGUUCGGCUUCCCAACCGACUGCAUCCUCGUCCUCACACAGGAGGACAAGGACCCGUACCGCGUGCCGAACAAGGAUAACCUCCGGCUGGCGAUGCGGUGGCUGGUGGAGGGUUGCACCUCCGGCGACUCCCUGGUGUUCCACUUCUCCGGCCACGGCAUGCAGAAGCUGGACAGCAACGGCGACGAGGUCGACGGCUACGACGAGGCCAUCUGCCCGCUCGACUUCGAGGACCGCGGCGUCAUCCUCGACGACGAGAUCAACGAGACCAUUGUCCGCCCCCUCGGACCGGGCGUCAAGCUCCAUGCCAUCGUCGACACCUGCCACAGCGGCACCAUCCUUGACCUGCCCUACCUCUGCCGCAUAUCCAGAACUGGAUACUGGCAGUGGGAGAACCACAACCGUCAACCCGAUACGCCGAAGGGCACGAGCGGCGGCCUAGCGAUCUCGUUCAGCGGCUGCGGCGACAGCCAGACCUCGGCUGACACGACGGCGUUCGCCGGCUCCACCUCGACCGGCGCCAUGACGUACAGCUUCAUCAAGGCGGUGGAGUCUGAUCCGGGCACAACCUACGGCCGUCUGCUCAACGCGAUGCGGGCCACCAUCCGCGACAACGGCGGCGACUCAGGCAUCCCUGGGCCCAUCGGUUCCUUCUUCCGCCGGGUCAUCACCUUCAGCUGCGCACAGGAACCUCAACUAUGCGCGUCAGAAGCAUUUGACAUCUACAGGAAGCCGUUUCUCUUGUAGUUAAACCAGAAGCUGUUCCCAUUGGCGGCACACUUGAUAGGCGUCUUAUAUACCUGUGAUCUAUGUGUCCCAUUAUUACUGAAUCAUACAUUGCGUGACCAAUUAGGCGAUCCAUACAACGAACACAGUCACACUGUAAUUGUGUUGUGUCAUUUGAAAUUUUGAAUUCUGAUGGAAAAAUUAUGUUCCGCGGUCUGACAA